GGAGGUUUGUCAACUCAGUUGUCACUACACUAGUGUCAUAAAAGUUAUCAACCAGCGCUAAGUUGAAUAAGAUAAAUGGUGUAAAAUAUGGAUGAAAUCUUAAUUGUUAAGUGACUGGUUACUUAACAAUUGAAGUUAAGUUUACUUGAAGGAUUAUGAUGCUUACUUACAAUGAAUAUUCAGACGGAGCCUACCAAAAACAAGAAAAGGCAGAUAAUCUGCAUGGCCUCCGACUUCUUCUACCCGAAUACAGGCGGUGUAGAAGAACAUAUCUACAAUUUGUCACAAUGUUUAAUCAAACGUGGCCACAAAGUCAUUGUAAUUACUCACAGUUACGGUGACCGUAUCGGCGUUAGAUAUUUAACUGCGGGUCUCAAAGUUUAUUAUUUACCUAUACGAGUAUUUUAUUCACAAUGUGCACUUCCGACUAUGAUUUGUAAUAUAGCUGUAGUACGUUAUAUUCUUAUAAGAGAAUGUAUUGAAAUAGUACACGGUCACUCUGCUUUUAGUGUUUUAGCACACGAGGUGUCUAUUAUAGGUAAAUUAAUGGGUCUUAAAACUGUAUUCACUGAUCAUAGCUUAUUUGGUUUUGCUGAUAUGUCAGCAGUAUUAACAAAUAAGUAUUUGCAAAUGUGUUUAUGUGAAUGUGAUCAUUGCAUCUGUGUCUCGCACACUGGUAAAGAAAAUACAGUCUUAAGGGCGAAAGUUAAAGCUCAUAAAGUUUCUGUUAUUCCUAAUGCGGUAGAUGCCUAUACUUUUACACCAGACCCAAGUCAAAGAGACCCAAAUGUCAUAACUAUUGUUAUCAUUUCAAGAUUAGUCUACAGAAAAGGUGUUGAUUUAAUGGCUGCUGUCAUUGCUGCACUGUGUCCAAAAUAUCCUCAAAUAAGGUUUGUGGUUGGAGGUGAUGGUCCUAAAAUGUGGUUACUACAAGAAGUAAGAGAGCAAAAAGGUUUUCAACAUUGUGUCACAUUACUAGGUAGUCUUAAGCAUUCGGAAGUUAGAGAUGUUUUAGUCAAAGGUGACAUUUUUUUGAACACUUCAUUGACUGAGGCAUAUUGUAUGGCAAUUGUGGAAGCAGCAUCAUGUGGGUUAAAAGUUGUGUCUACAAAAGUAGGGGGCAUUCCUGAGGUGUUACCUCAGAACAUGAUAUACUUAACAGAACCUGAUGUAACCAGUAUUGUAGCUGGAAUAGAAAUGGCUAUGAAAGAUUUAAAGGAUGGCAAUAUUUUAUGCCCUUAUGAAUGUAAUAAAAUGGUAAGAAAAAUGUAUAGUUGGAUGGAUAUCACUAGAAGAACUGAAAUAGUCUAUAAUAGAAUAUUAUUAAAUAAAAAUAAACCCUUAGGUCAACAAUUAAGAACUUAUCUCAGUUGUGGAGUAUGGCCAUUCCUCUUAGUUAUAAGUUUAAUGUAUUUAUUGUUGCAAUUAGUAGAAAAGGUGUAUAAAAGAAAACACAUUGAUAUAGCAAGAGAUUUACAAUUUUAGAAACUAUUAAAUUGGAUAUAAAGUAAAAUAUUAUUUUAUACCAAAAUUCAUUCAUAUAAAUGUUUUUUUUUUUUAUAAUUGUUAAAUGACAGAGUCAUACAAUCCAUUAUAAUAUUUAUGAUUAAGUUUGUAUUACAUGGUCAAUACUGCUGGCUUUAAAUAGUUUAAUGAUUGGGAUGUUUGAUUUAAUUUUUUUAUCAAAAUGACUUGUUUAUGAUGAAUAAUGAGCACAAUAUACCAUCAGGUCACAAACAACAUUUUAUUUAUUAGCUUGAACUCAUUCUAUGGGGCUUGACUGGCAAGGAAAUUAUCUUAUUUUUCUUUUAUAUAUGGAGACUGAAAUAAGGGUGUAUAUAAUAAAAGUAAUUUUUGUUUGGAAUGAUAUUUAUUUUAAUUACUAUGACCAAAUAAGAAAGAGGCUACCCUCAAUAUUAAAGCAAUACUGGAGACCAUUUCUAAAUACAAAAUUUAAAUAAAUAACAUAUGCAGAGGGCUGUUCAAUCUUUUAUACAUUAACUAGAACACUGUUAUCACAACAUGCUCUCUGAAUUAAUAUUAAACAUGUAUAUAAAUAUCAAUUUAUAAUAAAAUGUGAAUUAAUAUCACUAAGACUGAUGUUUAGACAAAUAUUCAGGCUAAUAACAAUAAUUAUUUUCUUAGCAAAUCUUGUUUUUAUCUAUUCAAGCUCUGUGAACAAAAGAAAUAUACAUUAUUAGUUAA